AUGCCUCCAACGAUAUUUGAAGCGCAUUUGGUGCUUGGCUUAUCCAACAGCCACUUCCCUCAAUAUGGCCUUGAAAAGUUCUCCCUUCCUCUGUCGAGCAUCUGCAGCUUGGACCUUGGCCUUUCUCCGAUGUCCACUCCUUCACCGCCGUUGGAAACUCCAAUGGGCGACUGGACUCUGGACCAGCAGCAGCAAAUUACCAUUUUUUAUAAUGGCCAAGUUUUCGUUAGCGACGUGACUGAACUUCAGGCUAGGGCCAUGAUUUUGUUGGCAGCUGGAGAUAUGGCAGAAAGGGGGAUAUCAAGUGUGUCAAACGCAGCGUUGCUUGCAUUGCAGUCUCAAAUAUAUGGGCCUCCAGGUGUGUCCAUGAAGAGGUCUCUUCAGAGCUUUCUCCAAAAGAGGAAGAAAAGAAGUCAAGAAGCUUCUCCAUACAACAGCCUACAAUAG